CCGAUGCUCCUCUCAGCUCUCGUUACGAUUUCCAUUCUCACAUCUUAACCUCCGUCUGUCAUGCCUACUGCCGUUUCUGCCCCCCGUACUCUCUACGACAAAAUUUGGGAUGACCAUGUCGUCGAUGUACAGGACGAUGGCCUGGCUCUGAUAUACAUAGACCGUCAUCUAGUACACGAAGUAACAAGUCCUCAAGCGUUUGAAGGCCUACGGUCUGCAGGACGGCCUGUUCGACGACCUGACUGCACUUUGGCAACGGUUGAUCACAACAUUCCAACAAUUUCUCGGAAAAAUUUGACUACCAUCGAGUCUUUCGUUGAAGAGCCUGAUUCGCGAGCACAAUGCAUGGCUUUGGAAGACAACGUAAAGGAGUUUGGCUUGACCUAUUUUGGCUUGAAGGAUAAGCGUCAAGGAAUCGUACACGUCAUAGGUCCUGAACAAGGUUUUACUCUUCCUGGUAUCACUUGCGUCUGCGGUGAUUCUCACACUUCGACUCAUGGUGCAUUCGGGUCCCUCGCAUUCGGUAUUGGUACAUCUGAAGUCGAACAUGUCCUCGCUACCCAAACUCUGCUGCAGAAGAAGGGACAAAACAUGCGCAUCACAGUUGACGGUGACUUGCAUGAAGGAGUAACGUCUAAAGACGUUAUCUUGCAUAUUAUUGGUGUCAUUGGAACGGCCGGCGGAACCGGAAGUGUUAUCGAGUACGCCGGCUCGGUGUUCCGUGGCUUCAGUAUGGAGGCGCGUAUGAGCGUGUGUAACAUGAGUAUUGAGGCUGGCGCGCGUGCUGGAAUGGUGGCGCCGGACGAAGUCACAUUCAACUACCUCCGUGGACGUCCCCUUUCCCCCAAGGGUGAAGAAUGGGACCGUGCCGAAGCAUACUGGCGCACACUGAAGUCAGACGAAGGUGCCAGGUUCGACAUCGAGGUCAAAAUCAAUGCUGCAGAUAUCAUCCCCACCAUCACAUGGGGAACGUCUCCACAGGAUGUUGUUCCCAUCACUGGUGCUGUUCCCGACCCUUCCACAAUGACAGAUCCCGUCAAGCGCGCGUCCGCAGAGCGAUCUCUGGCGUAUAUGGGUCUGACGCCCAAUACGCCUAUGGAGGACAUCAAGGUUGACAGGAUCUUCAUCGGCUCAUGCACGAACAGUCGCAUUGAGGACUUGCGUUCAGCAGCACGGGUAGUCUUGGCCGCAGGUCCCGAUACCAAGGUUGCUCCGGGGGUGCAUGCGAUGAUCGUUCCGGGUUCAGGUUUGAUCAAGAAACACGCCGAAGCUGAGGGCUUGGACGCAGUCUUCAAACGUGCGGGCUUCGACUGGCGUGAGGCUGGGUGUUCCAUGUGCUUGGGCAUGAAUCCAGAUCAACUUGCUCCAGGCGAACGUUGUGCGAGUACCAGCAACCGCAACUUUGAAGGUCGCCAAGGUUCCGGUGGUCGAACGCACCUGGUUAGUCCUGCGAUGGCUGCCGCAGCAGCUAUCACUGGCAAGUUGACGGACGUUCGUAAAUUUAUGGGUGCUACUGCCGAUUCGAACGUAGCUGCGGGUCCCAAAUUGAAGCUGGCCAAGGCGUCCGAGUUCAUGGAUGAUGCCAUCCUGCCAUCGCCGGCUCCUCAGGCUCCUUCGGUCACUUCUUCGACGGCAUCCGAUCUUCCUCCUUCUGAAGCUCCUUCGACUGUUCAAAAAUUUAUUGUCGUCAAGGGUGUCGCAGCACCCCUACACAUUGAAAACGUCGACACCGACAUGAUUAUCCCAAAACAAUUCCUGAAGACGCUGAAACGUACCGGUCUUGCGAACGGGUUGUUUUUCACCCUGCGGAAGGACCCACACACUGGUAAAGAUAAGGAUUUCAUACUGAACCGUGAACCCUAUAUACGCUCCAAGAUUCUAGUCUGCACAGGGAAGAACUUUGGCUGCGGAAGCUCUCGCGAACACGCUCCAUGGAGUCUGAAUGACUUUGGCAUCCGAUGCAUCAUAGCGCCAAGUUUUGCCGACAUCUUCCGUAACAACUCGAUGCAAAAUGGUAUGUUGCCUGUGUCAAUCUCGCAGGAGGAUUGUCGGGCGCUUGCGGAAGAUGCAGAAGCUGGAUUGGAGCUCGAGGUGGAUCUGGAAAAGGAGGAAAUCCGCAGACCGAAUGGCAAGGCUGCGAUACCCUUCAAGACGGAUCCGUUUAGGAGACAUUGCUUGUUGAACGGACUUGAUGAUAUUGCGCUGACGUUGCAGAGGGGCUCGGCUAUUGAGGAGUUUGAGCAGAGAAGGAGCGCUGUGUGGCCAUGGUUGGAUGGAUUUGGAUAUAAAACGGGCAAAAUUUCUGUUGCUGCUACGAAGAACGCAAAAAAAAUGGACUGGUGAUUGUAGUUCUAGAGUGUAACAACGAUACAUUAUUUCUUUUCUUCUACGGCGCGUUGCGAGUGAAAAUAUUCCGUG